UCAUGUAUGUACAUAAUGUCGCCUUAUCUCACAUAACAUUGGCGGGCAGGGAUCCGGAUCACUUGAUGCUCGAUCCGUAAUUAUGAGUUACACGUAGCUUGUCGCCAUUGUCGGAUCGAGACGGUCGCUUUCGGAGGUCAGUCGGUGUUGGGUUCGACCAGCCGAAAUCACCAGCCCCGCCGGCUAUAUGAAGCAAGUUGAUUAGCAUAGAGGCAUGUCAAGGCCCCGACAUUUGAUGACGGGGACCCCCAGUCAUGCCGAGCCGGAAAAUGCGCCACCGGGUCCAAAAGCCUCACGAGACAUGCCAUUGCGUCGCCGGAUCACGCAACGCAGCGCCUUUUCAACGAUGCGAAAAACACAUGCGAAAUGGGAUUUUUGUGUUUUUUUUUUAUUGUAUUUAUUUCUUCAUAUUGCGAAUAAGAAUAAAGUGUAAAAGGUUAAAAUCAACAACCAACGCAACAUGGCUCCGAAUGUUUCCCCGACAAAUGUGAAUCAUACCCAAUACUCCGUGCGAUACAAAGGCCGCAGCUGUUCCGACCGAAACGAAAAAAAAAGAACAAUAAAUGGUAGAAAUGUACAAAAAACUAGAGAGGUCACUGAUAGUGCUCUCCUCUGUUGAUUCCCUCUCUUUCUGUGGCAAAAAGAAGCAAAAGUCUUCUCUUGCCUGUGUCUGUGCACCCCCCGUUCGCUCCCCCCAAAAGAAUAUGUCGUUUCAUGUAAUCAUGGUCCGUGAGUAUGAAUUGGGCCGCGGUGGCUAGCAACUCA